AUGACAGACACUGAAAGGAUUGAGCAAGCAGUGGAGGCCAUCCGGAUAUUUUCUGUCGCCCCGUACUUGAUUCUCACCCUUGUCUACCUGGGCAUCGUGGUUGGGCCUGUGUCGUUAGUGCCGUUUGCUGUUUACAUUGUCAAUCUUUGUUUCACGACAGCUAUUGGUAGAACGAUCAGCAAGCUCAGGAAAUAUACAGCGGACAUUACCGAUAAAAGAAUUCAGACCAUGAACGAGAUUCUUAACAAUAUGAAAACACUAAAAAUCAUUUGUCUGGAGAAAGUUUUUUCGAAAACUGUCAAUGAUAUUCGACAUCUUGAGUUGAAAAGCAUCAGGAAACUUUUGGCUCUGACAUCCUUUGCAACUACGUCGAAGGGAAACUUUGAAGUGAUCCUGAAAGUGUUGGCAGUUGUCUCCCUUCUAUUGUGGAAAGGUUGGAUGAGUCAGCCAGAGAUUUUCACCAUAUUUGCAGCUACCUUACCUUUCGGUGUAAUGUUGAUAUUCUUACCCACUUGGGUCAAACAGAUCGCAGAUCUUCAUGUGGCGAUAAAACGGAUUGAGGUACUUCUGCAGAUGGAGGAAUUCGUCCCAGUGAAGGGAUCCUCGCAGGAGAUUCACUGCCGUGACAUUGCAGUCAAGUUAACAUCAGUUCAACUUUACCGCGCUCCUCCUGCGCAUGAAACCACAGGAAAAGCCAAGAUGACAAAAGACAAAGAGUGUAAGAUAGGAUCCGGAGGUGAGAAGGCACGGGAAAUGAGUGGAACGGAACCGGAAGACAUCGCCAAUGACAGAUAUUCGGACAGGAGCACGAUCAGUCAAAAUCCAGCUGGUUCAAAGACUUUAGAAUUCACCAUUAAGAAGUGUCACCGAGAAAGCGGUGAAGUGCUUGUAAAUGGGACAAUUGCUUACGUGCCACAGGCUUCGUGGAUCACUAGCGCCACCUUUCGAGAAAACAUUGUGAUGGGGAACCAAUUUGAUCAGGGGAGGUACGAUCAGGUUCUCAAGGAUUGUUGUUUAAUGAAAGACGUCAGCCUGCUGUCAGAGGGAGACCAGACUGAGAUUGGUGAACGGGGAGUUAACUUAAGUGGUGGACAAAAGCAGAGAGUAAGCCUUGCACGCGCUCUCUAUAGCAACAGAGACAUCUACCUUUUGGACGAUCCGCUGUCUGCGCUUGAUGCCAGUAUUGCUGAUGUGAUCUUCAGGCAAUGCAUUAUGGGACUUUGGAUGAAAGGGAAGACAACUCUAAUUGUCACUCAUCAAGUUCAGCUCCUCUCGCAAUGUGACAACGUUUUGUUUUUUUCUCACACGGAUCCACCCAUUAUGUCAUCCCAUGCCGAGCUGUUGGAGGCUAAUGAGAAAUACACGGCAAUGAUCUCAUCAGCACAACCUGAAAAGAAACCCCAUACAGCCAAACAUCCCAUCAUAGAAGAUUCGAAGCCUAUACAGAUCACGUGGUCCAGCUUUAUGACAUAUGUGGGAUACGCUGGAAGCAGAAUCUGGCUAACCGCCGGGAUCCUAUUGAUCAUCAGUCUUUCAGCCCUAGUCAUCAUGUCUGCACCGGUGUUGACAGCUAUUUGGUUUGAAUUUGUGCCUCAGCCAGAGAACUGCACGGUCAACUGUCAGAUCAUCACCUACCAAGGAGCCAACAUGUACUUGAUGACUAUCCUUCUGCUCAUCCCCCCUGUGUCAUUGUGCUUUACCAUCCUCUCCACCGCCGCCAUUACACUGAUGGCCUGUAAGGCAUCAAGAAAUCUUCAUGCAGAAUUGUUUACACGACUGAUGGGAGGAACACUGACGUUCUUUGAGGAAACUCCCAUCGGUGUCAUCCAGAACUGGUUCUCAUCAGAUGUGGACAUGGUUGAUAACUGUCUUCCAUUUGAUCUGGAGAAGACCGUGAUGCUGUUGUCUCGAAUUGCCAUCUGUCUCAUCGCAUUUGUCGUCAUUUGGCCGUUAGAGGGCGUUCUUAUCCUCAUCUGCAUUUUGCUUAUUUCCGCAAUUGGAGUUGUUAGCUUUAAGGCGCUGAAUCUUCUACAGAAACUCGAAAAAAUGGCGAAAUCUCCAAUCUGCACCUUAGCUUCUUCCACCAUCGAUGGUCUGGCGUCCAUCUCAGUGUACGGAAAAACCCAAAAAUUUCAAAAUGCGUUUUUCGCCCUUGUUGACCGUCACUGCAUCACAAACAUCUGCUCGGCUAGUGUGGGACAAUUUUCCUUCUUCUGGAUCGGGCUUGUGUCUCGGGCACCCCUUGUCUCUGUUGUUGUAGUGCUUACCUUGCUUCCAACCACCUAUCCGGAAUCCGGCCUCCUGUUGAUCCUCUCGAUACUGAUAACGAUGAUUGUGCCGUAUGCCACCCAGAACGUCAACAAAGUCUGUAGCCACGUGGCCUCCGUAGAGAGGAUUCACAGAUUUACUCAGGCAAUACCUCAGGAGAAAACGUCCCACAACAAGCCGGUCAAGUCUUUAGAACAUUGGCCAUUGUUUGGAGAAAUCACCUUUCGGAAUGUGGUUCUACGUUACAAACCAACGAUGACGCCAACACUGAAACACGCGACAUUCCACGUGAAAGCACGAGAAAAGAUAGGAGUAGUCGGUCGAUCAGGGGCUGGGAAAUCAUCGAUCAUCUCCGCGUUGCUAAGACUGGUGGAACUGGAUGAAGGAAGCAUCGUCAUCGAUAACGUAGACAUCUCCAGGAUCGGUCUGUCAGAACUCCGCUCGAAGAUUUUCCUGCUGCCACAAGACCCUGCCAUAUUUAAGGGAACCAUAAGAUCAAAUCUUGAUCCAUUUGAAGAGAAAAGCGAUUUAGAGAUUUGGGAGGCAUUGGCAAUGUGUCAUCUUUUGCACAAGAUCCGUGCACUUCCGAGUGGGUUGUCACACUCCGUCAUGGGAGGUAACUCCACGCUUUCUAUGGGAGAAAAACAACUCGUGGGUCUCACCAGGGCCGUCUUACAACGUUCACAGAUUAUGCUUUUGGAUGAAGCCACGGCGUCUGUGGAUCCGCACACAGAGUCACUGAUACAGGACACACUGCGCACCGUUUUCGCAAGAUCCACCAUGCUGAUUGUUGCUCAUCGCCUCAAGACCGUCAUGCACUGCGACAAAAUCAUGGUGGUCAGCGAAGGACAAGUCAUAGAAUUUGACACACCGAGCAACUUGCUGAAAUACAACUCCCAUUUCAAGAGGCUUUGGGACUCAAGUGAUAACAAGGAUGAUGACUAG